GAUGACCUCAACAACAUGGUGGACCAGGGGGUGAUCAGCAAGGUGGAGGCGCAGAAGAUCAGGGCCAAAAUACAGGUACGGGAAGUCGACCGUAAGGCGGGCGAAAUGAGGGUAGACGCGGGCGUCAUGGCCGGCGCAGACUACACCACCACGGCGCAGAUGCUCGACGACGUGCUAGACGUCAAGCGCAGCCACGUCAUGAACCUGAUCGCCUGGGUCUUCGGCCUCGACGACUUCCAGCAUCGGGUGAACAAGGAGGUCCUACGUCGGAGUAAGUCGGACUUCCGUCACCCCUUCCCCCGAGUCAGUUCAAUCGUGAAGUCUACGAGAUUUGAUCUCCUGAUCGGAAUCAUCAUGCUCGUGAACGGCGUGCUGAUUGGCAUUCAGGUGUCCACUGCAAACGGCACCGAAUCAGAUACCAGCGCGUACGACUUAGCGGAGCACGUGUUCACCAGUGUGUUCGUGAUGGAGAUCAUAUUGCGCCUGAUGGCAGAGGGGUGGCUCUGGCUGACGAAUCUGUCGAACUGCCUGGACCUGCUGCUCAUCUUUCUCACGGGGGUGCUGACCCAGUGGAUACUGAAGCCGGCUGGCGUUGAUACUAAUGCCCUACGCGCUUUCCAGGUGUUGCGCGUGCUUCGGCUGAUUCGGCUCGUGCGCAUGGUCCGGCAGGUUAAGAUGUUCCGCAUCCUUUGGGAGCUGAUCCAAGGCGUGGUCGACAGUGGCAGGACGCUCUUUUGGGCCUACGUCGUUAUCGGCAGCGUGCUGUACAUGUUUGCCGUUAUGUGCGUGUACCAAAUUGGCAGGAACGAGUCCUACAAGGACGACGCGAGUGCCGAGGAUCACUUCGGAAACAUGCCGCGAGCCAUUGUCACGCUGUUUCAGACCAUGACGCUCGACAGCUGGGCAUCAGUGGCCAGGUGGGGGCCAGCGAGUCUGGUCACAGCGGUCAUUGUGAACAAUGCCAUGUACCGUGCCGAGAAGGACGGAGAGCUCCAGGCGCGGCUGAAGAACGAGGCGAAGAUGGCCGAGAUCGCCGAUCUCCGCCUCAUCUUUGCCGAGAUCGACGAAGACAGCAGCGGCAUGCUGUCGAAGGCCGAGUUUGAUUCGGCCGUGCAGUUCAACGACAACGUGCAGAUGAAGCUGCAGCUCCUGGACAUCCAGCUCCACGAGUCCGAAGAGCUCUGGCAGCUACUGGACACGGGCACCGGCGAGGUCACAAUCCAGGAAUUCUGCGAUCUUUUGCGCGCAAUGCAGGGUGGGGCGAAGGCGAAAGAUAGCUUCUCCAUCGUGCAGAGGAUCAGGAGGGCGAACAAGAAGAUAGAGAGGCUGCAGAAGCUGGUGGAGACACGAAGGCACGUGGUCUACGACCUCCAGAGGCAGGCGUCGGGCCUGCAGGAGCCGGGGCGAGACAUCCAGAAUGAGGAGCUCGCCGUGGUUCUCAAGGACGCAACAGACUUCAUCAAGUACGUGGGCAAGUGUAUCCCUGCGCAGCCCGUGGUCCACUCGGAAGAGGAGCUACUGCGGCAGCGCGAGAGGUGGGCCGUGGAGUCCAUCGAGCGCGCGGUGCGGUCUGUGCAGCAGGCCAAGCCGGUCAGCUUUGCCGAGCUGAAGGCGCUGCAGGACGAGGUGGACCAGGCCAUGCAGUACAACCUCCACGCCGUGCCGCCAGGGCGCGCGUCCGCGCUGGAACGCUCCGCCGACGAGGCGCUUCGCGCGGCCGACGAGCAAGUGCAGGAGGCGGAGGAGGCCGCUCAGAGGCGCGCUUCCGCCCAGCGGUGA